GUAAUAAAAUGACACAGCUAAGUUGCUUGCUGUAGUGGAGUUAAAGUGGAGUAAGUGUAUACACAGUAGGCUACUCGACAGUAAAGUGAAGUGUGGAAUUAAAAACAGUUUGGGAUAGCGGAAUUUCCAAGUUUGUUGUUCACAAUGUACAGUUUCAAUGGAGAUUUCCGACAAAAACCGAUACAGUCUUUGAGAGGAGCGAGUAAGAAUGAACAAAAAGAGACACUCCUGAGAAGAGCACAGGAAGAAAGACUUAAAAGAGAGGAUGCUCGUCGAAGGGUGGCCAGUGCAACUAAGAUACAGUCUUACUACAGAGGAUUUUAUAACAGGAAAAUUUUGAGGGCCCAGCUGCGUUCUGAGUUUGAUCGUAGGACUCAGUCGGACAAGACCCUGACUGACCCGCUGAAUCUGCAGUGGUGCAUCUCAAAGCUCUGUUUGUUCUUCAAUGAACAUUUGGAUGGUCAGAGACUGAUCACAACAUGUCAGGUGGUUAUCAAGCAAAGAGAGGAGUACCUGGCAAGCCUUCGGUCAGACAUGUCUUGUUUGCUGACUCAGAUGCGCUCGCUCUUGCGGGUCAUAGUUCAGUAUUUGAACAGUAUUGCAGACACGAAUGCCCCAAUUGCCAUCCCAAUGCGGAUGCUGGAGAUCUUUCUGGCCCCUGCCACUUACAAUGUUUUCAGUGGAAAUGACAAGGUUGCGGAUCAGAAAAUAGCCUCAAAUCUCUUGCAAACCCUUAUCAAUAGAGGGUAUUUUGGCUGUCUGAGGAAGCUUUUGAAUUUUCGUGUUCCUGCCAGUUUGGAAAAGACAUCAGUGCCACCUACCCCUGUUGCUGAGUCCAUUUUUGACCUGAUAAUGAGCCCAGUUAGCUUUGCAGUUGCGUCUUCUGAUAAAUACUUUCGGCAAGACGUCCUGCUCAAGGUCACCAAGACGUUUUUGUGUGAGCGUUACUCGGACCAGAUUGCUCUGUUUCUGCUUCCGGCAAUGGCCUAUGGGAAGUAUCCGUUCCCUUUUGUGGAGCUCAUCCAAACUUUGAUCCAGGGAACAACUCCUGCAGGCAGCUCUGCUGGCAGUCCACCACAAGCGUCGGCAGAACUGGGAGGGAGUGUGAGUGAUGGAGACUCCCCGUGGCUACUGGCUUCUGUCCUUAUGCUGGCGAAUAAAGAACUGGACAACCUGGAUGUGAAAACGUGUGCUCUGUACCUGAGACUGUUACAGAGAUUACUUCUUCAGCUGCCCCCUGCCAAGAACUCUUUUCUCUCUGGCUCCAAAGACACGUCAGACUCUGAAGAUGAUCUUGAGGAAGAUAUGGAUAUUGGCAUGACGAGCCUGGCAAACCUGCACAUGGAGUGUCUGCGAAUGUUGGACUCGGAGGCUCACCUCAAGUGCAUCUUUGGCUGCCUCAUGAGCCUGCCUGCCUCGGACUACAUUGAAUCUUUGGCCUCUCUCUCGCACUGUCUGCUGGCUCAUCAAAAAAUGGCUCUCCAUAAAGUGAGAUUGUUGUAUGUCCUGGCAUUCAACUCUCACUUCAUGAGAGGUCUGUGGGAUGCAUGCAUGAGGGUCUCUAUCCCCACUGUCACAAGGUCAAGCACAUCAUUGCUGAACAUGCUGUCCAAGGGAGUGCCCAUGUCACAGGAGAACAUCCAGCGGAUUGUGCCGCUGCUCUCCACAUUCUGCUGUCUCUUCAACCACUCUCUUCUCACCAUUCAUGACGCAGACUUCUACGGUGAAACAGAAACAUCUUUGUCUAGCAUGCCGUUCACUUUGGAUGAAGUCGUCCCAAUGUGUCGUGCUCUAAGAGAUUGUUGCUUGGGCAUAAUCGAGUUGGCACAUCCAGAUUCCAGAGUUGCCAUGAGCGAUGAUUACAUCCAGGCCCUUCAGAAGACUGGAGUUCUGAACAAGAGCAACAAGGAUGAGGAAGUUGUAGAGCAGACUCGUCUUUGGGCGUACCUUUUCAAGGUGAUAUCGACUUUGGUUAGACAGCUGCACAGCCGAGACAGUCGUCGUCCUUUUUGUCCCUACGGCCACUGGCUCGCCCCCAACGUCAACAUUCGCACAGAUAGGCCAUCCCAGAUCUACUCUGCUCAGAAUGCCAUUUUUGUUCGGAGAGACUUUGGUACCCUAAGUUCUCUCACCAAAGCAAAUACAGACACUGAUGCUCCGCCCCUUGCCAACAGAGAUGUAAGGAACCUAGUGAUAUUGACAGAGCUCCCCUUUGUUGUUCCCUUCCUGGAGAGAGUCAAGAUCCUUCAGAACUUGAUUGUUGUGGACAAGCAGGACAACCAAGGGGAGCUCACCAAUUUCGGCAUAGGCCCUUCUAUUGUGAUCAGCAUCAGGAGAAACUUCAUCUAUGAGGAUGCUUUUGAGAAAUUAUCUCCUGAGAAUGAGCCUAAUCUAAAAAAGAAGAUGCGCGUCAGCUUACUCAACGCAGCAGGACUGGAUGAGGCUGGCAUUGAUGGUGGUGGAAUUUUCAGAGAAUUUCUGUCUGAACUGUUGAAGACCGGAUUUGACCCGAACAGGGGCUUCUUCAAGUACACGGCUGACCGCCUGCUGUACCCUAACCCAGACUCUGGGAAAUUGGUGGAAAAUUUUUCUUCUCAUUUCUACUUUUUGGGCAGAAUGCUGGGCAAGGCUUUGAUGGAGAACCUACUGGUAGAGAUUCCGUUUGCUUCCUUCUUCCUCUCUAAGAUCCUGAGUCCAUCCAACAUCAGCUUGGACAUCCACCACCUGCAGUCCAUGGACCCACUGAUGUACAAAAACCUUUUGUACUUGAAACACUAUGAAGGGGACGUUGCUGAUUUGGGCCUGGACUUCACUGUGGUGAACAGCGAGUUUGGAGAGACGAAGGUUGACGAAUUGAAACCAGGAGGGCGUAACAUUCCGGUGACUGACGCCAACAAGAUUGAGUAUGUGCAUCUCAUGGCAGAUUACCGAAUCAACAAACAGAUCCGGCCACACUGCAACGCGUUUCGCCGUGGUCUGAAUGACGUGAUCCAGCUGGAGUGGCUGCAGAUGUUCAACAGCGGUGAGCUGCAGGUGCUCAUCUCAGGGGCUGCCGUGCCCAUAGAUCUGGAGGACCUGAGGCAAAACACCAAGUACUCGGGUGAGUUCACCGACACCCAUCCUGUGAUUGAGACGUUUUGGGCCGUGGUCAGUGAGUUCACCGACCAACAGAAGCGACAGCUGCUCAAAUUUGUCACCAGCUGCUCCCGCCCUCCUCUCCUUGGUUUCAGGGAUCUGUUCCCAGCAUUCUGCAUUCACAGUGCUGGGUCAGAGGUCGACCGCCUGCCCACCGCCAGCACCUGCAUGAACCUGCUCAAACUGCCAGCUUUCCGCGACGCCAAAACCAUGCGCAGCAAAAUGCUCUAUGCCCUGGAGUCGGGGGCCGGCUUUGAGCUCAGUUGAUUCGCCUUCGACACCACAAAUGUUUCUAUUAUAUGGUUUGCACGAAUGUUGGAUAUAUAUAAACCUGCUUGAAGGAUGAAUGGAGUCAGUUUUUCGAACUAACCUGCUACUGAUAUAGAUGAAUGCUCUGUUUGACUUAUGCGAAUAACGUGUAGAUGUUAUUACCGGCUUGUAAGGUGAAAAGGGCUAGCUUUGAGCUUGUAUAUUAGCCAUUGACACUGAUGAGAAUGAAAUUGUUAUAAUAUUUAAAUAUAUAUAUAUAUAUAAAUAUAAUCUUUAUAAAGGAUAGAUAUAUGUGAGUGAAAAAUGAAGUAAGGGUACUGGUAUUUGCAUGUAGAGGACCUGCGUGUGUAUUCCCUGAUCCUGUAGGUGUACUGUCAUUUGAUUUCUACGUUUUGUUUUUGUGUUCAAAUAUUUGUUUCCUUGUGUGUUCUUCCAGUGUUGUAAAAUUUAAUGGCAUACUUUAGGCACUUUGUUUUACAAAUUUCCAUCAACACAACUGUUAUGUAAGUACUCACUUGACUAGUGGGGUUUUUUUUCACUUGGGAAAUUGUUAUGGAAAAAGAAAAAGUUAGGAAGUGAUAUGGAGGGUUAAUGAGGAGAAAAGGAAACCCUGUUAUUUACAGGUAAGUUGAAUUAUUCUGUUAAGAUGGUAUGGCAAAUUGAUUAUAAGAGCUUGAUAUUUUUGCAUUCCGUGGACUUGCAUUUUAAGGGAGAGAAGUAAGGACAAAAUGAAAAAGCGGCAACAGUAAAAGUAAAGUAAUGAUGAUAAUAAUAACAAAUAGCAUUUGUUUAGUGCACAUUCCCAUUUUAAUGUAGGUAGAUAAAAAGACAGAGGGAGAGAGAUAGAAAUUUGCCUCGGUUUGAAAGACUUAUGUAGGUACCAGAAACUAAAUUUUCAAACUAGCUGUAUGCCAAAUUUAUCUGUUCCAUUUGAAAGGCCUAUAUCCAC